AUGGAGCAUUUGAGGAUUGUGUUGUCGGUUCUUAGAGAAAAGCAGUUGUUUGCGAAGUUUAGCAAGUGUGAGUUCUGGAUGUCUGAAGUCAAGUUUCUUGGACAUGUCAUAUCUGGCGGCGGCGUAGCUGUAGACCCUUCAAAGGUAGAAGCAGUGAUAAAUUGGGAACGACCCAAGAAUGCAACUGAGGUCCGUAGUUUCCUAGACUUGGCAGGUUACUAUCGGAGGUUCAUUAUGGGCUUUUCCAAAUUGACAUUACCUUUGACCAGACUUACAAGGAAGGAAGUUUCAUUCGAAUGGAAUUCAGAAUGUGAGAAGAGUUUUCAGAAACUCAAGGAAAAGUUAACUACGGCUCCAGUGUUGGUGAUUCCAGAUCCAAACCGAUCAUACGAAGUGUUCUGCGAUGCUUCUAAGAAAGGUGUGGCGACAUUACUUGUAUGGAGUUCACUUUGA